AUGCCUGCCCAGUCAAAACCCGUCCAGCACUUGACGCCAUUUGGAGCAGCUUUGGCUGGUGCCCUUGGAGGUUGCUUCAGCACUGCAGUUGUUUACCCCCUAGAUGUUGCCAAAACAAGGAUACAAGCUCUACCUGCCGACGCGAAAGGCAAGGGGAAGGGCAACCUAUCGAUGCUGUCCGUGAUAUUACGGAUAUUCCACAAGGAGGGUAUCAUGGGGCUCUAUCGAGGUUUUGGCGCGACGAUGCUCAACACAUUCUCAAUGCAAUAUGCUUAUUUCUUUUUCUACUCCUUCGUCAGGACUUCUUACAUCAAACGUUUGACCUCAAAGCUAGCUCCAGGGUCCAAGUUACCUCCUCUGUCGACUGCAGCUGAGCUGCUGCUGGGUGCUGUUGCUGGAGGGCUUGCCCAAAUAUUCACCAUCCCUGUCUCUGUUAUUGCUACACGACAACAAAUUGGCCGAUCCGAUAAACUGGACGGUGAUGCGACCGAGCCAACAGAUGAUUCCUUUUUAAGUGUAGCUCGGGAGAUUAUCAGGGAGGAGGGCGUCACCGGCUUGUGGCUUGGAAUUAAACCUGGACUGGUGCUGACGGUAAACCCUGCGAUCACAUACGGGAUGUUCGAGCGAGUAAAAAGCUUGGUGCUUCUUGCACGGCCAGGUGGAAAUGGAAAAUUGUCCCCUUGGUUGUCUUUCCUCGUCGGUGCCUUGAGCAAAACUCUGGCGACCGUUGUUACGUAUCCUUACAUUAUGGCAAAAGUGCGGAUUCAAGCCCGCACGGCGGAUGCUGGGGACGAGGAGCAACAUCCAGAUAGCUAUCACCAUGAACACUCCAAGCAUGUUGGUGCCCUUGAUAUUUUGGCUCGUGUUUGGAAACGUGAGGGCUUCGUUGGGUGGUACCAGGGAAUGCAAGCCCAGAUUAUCAAAGCCGUUCUUUCGCAGGCGUUGUUAUUUAUGUCGAAGGAACAAUUCGAACAUUGGGCAUUUGCGAUCAUGAUCUUUGCGACCCGGUUCUCGACUGCGCGCUGACAUUAGAGAGCAGCUUGACAUCCUAUUUAUACGUAAAAUAGAUACUUAUGGACUCGCG